GGUCGUUAUGCAGGUUUUCAGGAAGCGCUGAUCAACGCGAAACAGCCUGGGCGCCCCGCAUCUGACUACCCUGUAUUAAUUUAUAUGGAGAAAUAAAGGAAGAAUAUUUUAUGCUGAACAUCAACCACAGAGGAAAAAGAAGAGCCAAGGAGAAGGAAGAGCACUACAUCAGGAAGAGGACUGAUCAACAAGGCAUCCACAUCUUCUGCCAUGUACAGAAGACUUCAUUGCCUGAUGCUGGUUUGUGCUGUUGUCAUCUUCUCUGGGAUAUCAAUGAUCAGCUUUCAAUAUCACAGCAGAAAAUCACUUCUCAGGUGUGAUGAACCUCACAUUCCUCAUUUAUCAAGGCUAGCAGGAGCAAUGAGUAAAGAACUGUCAGAAACAGACUGGCGGGAGCUUCUACAGAUGGUGGACUUGUGGCUCAUACAGAAAGGGAACUUCAGCAAGAAACCCAUCAACAGAGGAACAGACAUAGACAGGGGUUUCAGUAAGCCCAGGACAAAUAUUUUCUUCUUAAAAACACACAAAACGGCCAGUAGUACCAUAAUAAAUUUACUCUUCCGUUAUGGGGAAUUUCAUAACCUGACAUUCGCUUUCCCCAAAAAUACACAUCAGUUUAGGUACCCAAAAUAUUUUUUAGCGGAGGAGGUGUAUGGCUUCUCCUCAAGUGAACAGCAGAAAUUCAAUAUCCUGUGCCAGCACAUGCGCUUCAGUCUUGAUGAGGUAGAAAAGGUGAUGCCCAGUGAUACAUUUUACUUCACCAUCUUGCGAAAUCCAGUCACCCUAAUGGAAUCAUCCUUCGCAUACUUCAAAAACACAAGCUCUUUCUCUAAAGCUAAAAAUAUAGAAGACUUUUUAAACAACUCCAACAAAUUUUAUCAACGCGACCAACUUUAUAGUGGUUUUGCUAAGAAUCCCAUGACUUUUGAUCUUGGUUUUGACCACAAUGGGCCUGUGUCGUUGAAGCAUUUCAAGCUACUUUGGCGAGCAGUAGACACAAUAUUUGAUCUGGUGUUGAUAGCAGAAUACUUUGAUGAGUCUUUGGUGCUCCUUAAAGAUGCCCUCUGUUGGAAUUUAGAUGAUGUCUUGUCAUUUCCACUCAAUACCAGAAGUGACAAGAGCAGAUCAAAUGUAUCUGAUGAGGCCCAGGAGAGAAUAAAAAGUUGGAAUCAGCUGGACUGGCAGUUGUACAUUUACUUUAACAAUUCAUUUUGGAAUCAUGUGGAAAGGUUUGGGAGGAAACGCAUGCGGUAUAAAGUGGAGGAACUAAAAAAAAGACGGGCACAGCUUUCUGAGAAAUGUCUAGAUAGUCAAGUGGAACCAAGUCUACUAAAAGACAAAUUAAUGCUUCCACAUCAGUCUGGUUUAGCUAAAAUUCUAGGAUACAAUCUUAAGUCUGGGCUAGAACAAAAUGACCAACAAUUGUGUCACAGACUUGUCCUUCCAGAAGUUCAAUAUAAUGAUCUUCUGAAGAAGAAACAGGUUGGAUUAAAGAGUGUGUAAUAACUGCAAAUGUCUAUGAAUAUGUUAAGCAGGCUCUGUCAGCAUGAUCAAUCAUAUUAAACCAGGCAUACUGCAUGGUAGAACUCAGGAGACUGAUUAAAAUGAUACCUUUCUUUUGUCUAUAUGCUAAAUAGCUGCAGAGAUAGCUGUGUUUUAUUCACAUGCAAAUAAGCAAGUUGGAGUACCAGGUGGUGGGUCUGAAUCCUUUGAGCACUGCUUUGUAACACCCCUGUGCUCUGCACACUGUCCCCUCCCCUUGAUUGACAGGGCCAGAAAUCAGCAUGCUGAGGAAAGAGUUGUUUUGCAGAAUCUACA